UAAUAUUGUGCAACUGCUGUACCGGUUGCUAUGUGGGUAUAAGGUACUGAAUAUAAACGAGAGUCCUAAAUUCUGCAAAAUAAUCCAAUACUCUUAAACUUGCAUAUGUGCUGAAAAAGUCAAAUAUUUAGCUUGAGUUUUUCAGAAGUCCAAAUAUAGGUGAACCAUGGCUUUUGAUGAAGCGGAAUUGGCACUAGACGGAUCUGUGAAUUUAAGGGGAAAACCUGUUCUAAGAGAAAAUGCUGGAGGGUGGAAAGCUUGCUCUCUUAUCUAUUUGUCCCUUUUUCCUCUUUUCCAAAGAUUGUAGUUUUGAUUUUGCAUACAGGCUACGAAUUUGUUGAAAUAAUGUCUUUUGCGGGCAUAUGGGCAAAAUUAGUGGCGUAUCUCACCACAAAGCUGAAUGAGGGCACCGUUUCAUCCGCUAGGAAUGUCAGCAAUUGAGGUGGCACUACGUGGAUGACUCCCUUACCUGGGGCAUACAUUGGCGAUACACACUUGGGCCGCUUCUGGACAUUCAUGAUAUUUUCUUGUGUAUAUAUUCUGAUUGAUUUUGGCGCAGGGAAUGGGGACUAUGACUUUGGCAGUUACUUUGAAGUCUCUGAGACCACCAGAAUGCCAAUCCAAUGAAGUCUGCCAAAAGGCAUCGUCUCUGCAGAUUGGGAUUUUCUGCUUUGCUUUAUAUCUUCUUGCUUUGGCUACUGGAGGAACAAAACCAUGCAUCACCACUUUCGGUGCAGAUCAGUUUGAUGAUUUUCAUACCAAGGAAAAGUUGCAGAAGAACAGUUUUUUCAAUUGGUGGAUUUUUGUUGUCUUCUGUGGAAGUCUGUUGGGUCAGACACUGAUUGUGUAUGUUCAAGACAACAUUAGCUGGGGACUGGCCAGUGGAAUCAUAAUGGCAGCCCUAAUCAUAUCCUAUUUUCUGUUCAUUAUUGGAAUUCCACUGUAUAGACAUAAACUUCCGGCAGGUAGCCUGCUGAAGAGAAUGGCCAAAGUAAUUGGUAGGGUUAUUAAGAAUUGGAAAGUGCGGGUCCCUACAGAUGCAUGUUGUCUUUAUGAGGUGGAUUCAAAGGAGUACCGUAGUCAGGGUCGAUACCCAAUUACUCAUACCAAACCUCUGAGGUUAGAAUGUAAUCCUACCAUACUUUCCAAGAGUUUAUCUUCUAGGAAUUUUAUGCAAACAGUAAUUCAGCAUUGAAAAUUGAAUUUGAUUUAAUGGUUUUAUCUGCAUGAUUUAAUUGUAAAUGAAAGAUUUAUGGACAAAGCAUCACUAGGAAAUACCCCUGGCUCAAAUCCCUGCACUGUGACAGAUGUGGAGGAGACAAAGCUCGUGAUAAGAAUCCUUCCAAUAUGGCUGACGCUCAUUCUCCCUUGUUCUUUAUUAAUUCAAUGCAGCACACUCUUCAUAAAGCAGGGCAUGACUCUGGAUAGGCAUUUGGGUCCUAAGUUUGAAAUUCCUGCAGCUAGCAUUGGUUUUCUUCUUCAAGUAUCCAUGCUACUCGUCCUUCUCAUCUAUAAUCGCUUCUUAGUCCCAGUGUUCCGAAGAUUAACCGGAAAUCCACGAGGCAUAACUAUAUUACAGAGAAUAGGGGUCGGUAUGGUACUCUAUACUAUUGCCAUGGUAGCGGCUAUGCUAACAGAAAUCAAAAGGUUGGGUGUUAUUAAAAGCCAUGGUCUUGCAGAUAAUGCGAAUGCAACUUUGCCUCGGAGCAUCUUCAUACUGCUUCCGCAGUUUUGUAUAAUAGGUGUGGCAGAAGGGUUUCUAGAAGUAGCAAAACUGGAGUUCUUUUAUGACCAAGCGCCUGACAGCAUGCAAGGUUUUGGAAAUUCAUUGCACGCAGCCACGCUGGGAGUUGGUGCCUUUCUCAACAGUGUUAUUCUCAAUGCUGUAAACAACAUUACAGGGCGAGAGGGCCAUCAAAGCUGGAUAUUAGAUAAUUUGAAUGCCUCACGUUUGCAUUACUAUUACGCCUUGUUAGCUAUUCUCAAUACCCUCAAUUACAUUUUCUUCUUGACUGUGUCUUGCUUCUACACAUACAAAAGAGAAACAAGCCAAGCUUUGGGUAAAGAAUCGACCAAAGCAAUAUAAGUAAUUAGUAUUAACACCCAGAAAGCUGAAGGAAUUCAGCAUGGCAUUCAA